ACAGGAUGGUAAGUUAACGAUUAUGGCGAAGCGAACCCUGCGAACCUGGCGAACGAAGUGAAUUCCGCAUUUCGCAUGUGUGUGUUUUGGAAAUUUUGAUUCGAUCAUUAGAACUAAUCAGCAAAUUUAAACGGGUUUGUACUUACAGUACUUAAAAUGAAGAUAACUAGAUACAAGAAAGUACAGAAAUACAUGAAAUUUUACUACAAUAAUUUCGGUUUCCACCAGCCUUACCAAGUUUUAGUUGAUGGCACGUUUUGUUUUGCCGCUUUCAAAGAACAAAUCAAUAUCCGAGAACAGUUACCCAAAUAUCUCAACAGUCAAGUUAAACUCCUCACAACAAGAUGCAUAAUAAUAGAAAUAGAGAAGAUAUCGAAGAAAACGCAAGGAGCUCUCACCAUACUCAAACAGUAUGGUAUCCACGAAUGUGGGCACAAGGAGCCUGUGACAGGUUCAAAAUGCAUUUUCUCAAUGAUCGGUAAAAGCAAUGACAAGCAUUACAUACUGGCAACUCAGGACAGAGACUUGCAAGAUAAACUGAGAGCCAAAGCUGGUGUUCCAUUACUAUAUUUACAUAAUAAAUCGCCCACACUCGACAAGCCAUCAAAGGCAAGCUAUGAAAAAGUUGGACAAAGCCUCGGAACAGCUAGUAUGUUUAUAAGCGAAACUCAAAAUGAGACAUUGAAAAAAAUGAAAAAAGCUCUAGGUGUUGAAGAAAAAGUGGAAGAAAUAAAAGUUCCAAUAAAGAAAAAGAAAGCUCACAAUCCUAACCCUUUGUCAUGUAAGAAGAAAAAGACUAGGAAACCAGCAGGAACAGAGAGUAAAACAAAAGAAGGGAAAGUGAGAAAAAGGAAGAAGAACAAAAUGUCCAAGCAAAUAAAAGAACAAUUGCAAAGUGCUCUCAGUAAUAAUAAUUAGGUUAAUAAUUGUAUUAAAAAAUUUUAAUCAUGAA